CUAUGUUUGUAAACAGUAAGAAACGUAUAGCUUUUAAUUAUUUAAAACUAGUUUAAACAGAUACUUAGAAAAAGGGCAAAACUUGUAAUAUAAAAUGUGGUUUGUUUUGGAAUAUUUUGUGAAAAUAAAUAUGGUGAGUGAUUGUUAUUUGUUGAGAUUACAUUAACUGUCCCAGGAUGAACCGGCAAAGUCAAAACAAUCGACAGGAGUCAGAGAUGAUGAACAAUGCGCGACGGGCGGCGUCCCAAACCACAGACCCAGUGGAGAAGCUGAGGCUACUAUGUCUUGCCCGAGGGACUACUGGCAUCAUGGCCAUCGGGAGGAUAUUCAGACGGAUGGACGAUGACGGGAACAAAUCUCUGAACCUGGAGGAGUUCACUGAGGGAAUGAACGACACAGGGAUGGAUAUGUCUCCAGAGCAGAUAGAAACUCUGUUCAAAAAGUUCGAUCUGGAUAACAGUGGCAGUAUAAACAUGGAUGAAUUUCUAUUAGCGUUAAGGCCGCCCAUGAGUAACGCCAGAUUGAAAGCUGUUAACGAUGCAUUUAAAAAACUAGACAAGACUGGAGACGGAGUAAUUACAAUUGAGGACCUGAAGAACGUUUACUCUGUUAAAGCACACCCCAAGUAUCAAAGUGGUGAGGAGACGGAAGAACAAAUAUUAAAGAAGUUUCUCUUAAAUUUCGAGAAGGAUGGCGAUGGAAAGGUGACAGAAGAAGAGUUCCUAAACUAUUAUGCUGGAAUAAGCGCCUCAAUUGACCACGAUGCCUAUUUUGACCUCAUGAUUCGUCAAGCUUACAAGCUUUAAAAACUGAGUUUUAUUGGAAGAUUUUGCUUCAGUUAUUGUAACCCGCCAUGUUAUACCUUUAGAACAUUUAUUCACUAUCAUUAUUAAAAAUCUUCUGUACAGUGUUCAAAAUGUGUAUUUUGUUCUUAAUUUAUUAAAAAAAGACUGCAAUUGUGUGGA